AUAAUAUAAUAUUAUAUAACUUGAAUCUUCCCCAUACCUGCCAUAGGUCUUAUAAAUGCUUACACAAUCUCUCCCUCUCUCACAAACACUACCACACUGGUUCAUGAAUGACCUCCCGUCUCCAUCACACCCCCACCACCACCCCCACAGUUGGUAGAGUCCGAGACGGAGCAUCAUGGCGAUAGACGGAGGGGGCAGAAACUGUGGUGUUCAUGAGCUCAUCUGUGCCAGACGAGCAACAAGCUGUCAGUGGGGAGUCCUGAAGAUCUGUCACAUCUCAGUGGCUAUAAGAACGCCCAGCCAGGUACUCAACGCACUUACAGAGUUACCACAGUGGUCACACUUACACACACAUUAGGAGGAUUAUUGGCUUUGUUGCGGUUCUGCAAUAGCACUUAGGAAUUUUGAAAUUUACCAUCCUGUUCCUAAUCCUCAGACACCUACAGCCAAAACAGAAACACAACAACAAAUAAAGAAACAAAAAACAGAACAACAUGCUGCUGCUCUUGAAGUCUUGAAGCACAAGCUUUGUGUUUAUCUUAAAUUCAUUAUCAGAUUAUUGGAUGUAUAUAAAGCUAUAGCAACACCACCUGCACCUAGGUAAUGCUCACUUUUAUGAUGUCAUGACCAUAGUGCAUCUCAUGGCUGGUGCCCAGACACCUAGGCCACCAAUUUGAUAUUAUUUUAUAUGUCAACAACAUACACACAACAGACUUCUUCCAAUAAUUGACCAAAAAAAACAAAAAAUAAAAAAAAAUAAAAGAAAAACAAUCCAAUAAAAUCCAUAAUAAAAUAAUUUAAGACAGAAUAGAAUGACAUUUAAAAAUUAGAAUAAAUUAAAUGAAAUCCAUAAAGUGAAAAUAAAAUACAAAUAUACAAACAUAAUAAAUACAAUAACAUGAUAAAUACUUAGAAAUACAAUAAUAAAUUGCACCGCCAGUACUUGUAAUACCACAGUACAUUCACACAUCUCUCCUCAGUCUCAUGAGCACAAACUGACAGAGAGGUGAGGCUUUUAUAAGCCAUGUUAUGAUUUUAACAUCUUUAAUGUGGUUUAAAACUGAAAUUCAAUGAUAAUUCUGGUUUAUUACAAGUUGAGUCUUUUUUUUUGUAGUCUUGCGCACCGUUCUCAUCGGUUAAAAUAACACUGUACGUGCUGAGUAGUUGAGUAAUGAGAUCUGUGAAUGUGGCACAAUCAUAGGAACAUGAGCAUUCAAACAGCUUAACUUCAAUUACUGGGCAGAGAAAGCAAAUGGUAGUGGCUGUUUGGUAAAUACAGUGCUUUCCUUUACAAAAGAUCCACUACAAAAAUGUCUGACAUUUAUUUUAUAGAAUACAAAUAGCUAAAUGAAAAACAGUGUGAGAGAGUUCUUGUUAGAAAACAUGUCUUACAAACAUGUCAUAUUGUUGUGCAUGUAUGUGUUGGUCUCAGCACACACUGUGAUGCUGGCACCGCACCCUGCUAACAACCACAUGUCCGUGUCAGUGCCUCUGAUGAGCUAAUCUAGUGGUCAGCGUGGUGACGAGCGCCCCGGCUGAGAGAUGGCCUUCUUCAAGAGCUUCCAGCAGACCCUCCCAUCUGUCAACAUUUCCUCCAUCCUGGACUCGGUCACCAGCCGCGUGGACGACUUGGCCAACGCCGUCAGCGAUGUCACUUACGCUGUCAGCGACCAGCUGACUGAGCAGGUCACCACUAUCAUCAACAAGGUGCAAGAGGAGGAAGAUGGGGAAAACAACAGCAGCGGGCAGGGGUCUGGUCAGGCUGCCACAGCACAGGAAGGAAAGGCCAGCAGCAUGUGGCAAAUGUCCAGAGACUCUGAAACAGGUAACACGGUUUCCAAAAACAACCAACCCGGUGAUUCAGCAGAGGCAGAGUGCACUCAGAGCCAGCUGGAGUGGGAAUGGAGGGACGGGUGCUGGCGGGUUAAAAAGACAGAAGCUGAGUUAGCAGAGGAAGAGAAGAGGAAGAAAGAAGAGCAGGAGCUUCAGGAAAAGAGAGAGCAGAGGAGAAAAGAAAGGAGGGAGAAGCAGCUGGAGAAAGAAGCCAAAUCUCAGAGAAAGAAAGAGGAAUCCCAAGAGGGAGAGCGAGAGGAGGAAGCUGAUGAGAAGAGAGACGACAGCAGAGGACAAGCCAGAAAGGCGAGCGACAGUGGAGACCAAUCAGCUGCGCAGCAGAGAAGCGAUGACUGUGGUGAAGCUCCUCGUUCACCUGGCCCCGACACUGAAAGCAGGAUAUCAAAACAGAAGAAGAAAAAAGAAGAGGGAGAAGAGAAGGAGGAAGAAAAGGAGAACAGCGCGGAGAGAGAGGGAGACGACGAGGAAGAGGCUGAGCUUUCCAGAAAGUCUUCAACAGUGAAAAAGAAAAAGUCAGACAAGAAGAAGGCAAAAGGCGCAAAAGAGGAUUCAAAGAAAUCAGAAAAAGCCUCAGAUGUGGCCAAAAAGAAGGAGAAAGGCAAGAAGAGCAAGAAGAAAAAGAAAGGCAACCAAGAGGGAGUUUUAUCAGACAGCGAGGAGGACAGAGGCCCCGAGGCCGUGGCCCAGCAGGACACAACCUCUGUGUGGAGCAGCAAACGCAAAGGGUCCACUGAGCAGGGAGGAUACAGCAGCGAGGCCUCCAGUGAACAAGCCAACAGCAUCCAGAGGAUAAAGAAAGAUUCCUCUCUUACUGAGCUUCAGCCUCCUCCGUACCAGGACAAGGGCCCGGCGGCCUGCGUGUCCUCUCGUUCCCGCUCAGAGCGAGGGGUUCGGAGGGUGUCGUCCCCGCAACGCUGCGACAGCCCCCGCUGCUCCAGUGAGGCCAGUGUGGACCAGGACACUGAGAGCUACCUCAACAAAGGCUGUGAGGAGGACAUACCCAGUGACAGCACCGCUGUUCUGGGACCAGAGGAUGGCUCUGGGCCUCAGCUCCCCACAGCCUACGAGCCAGAGCCCCUCGCCAAAUACGGCACGCUGGACGUCGCUUUCGAGUACGACUCCAGCGAGCAGUGGUUGGCCGUCACGGUCACCGCGGCGACGGACAUCCCUGCCCUCAAACAGACAGGAAACAUCUCAUGGCAGGUCCACCUGGUCCUGCUGCCAACCAAGAAGCAGCGGGCCAAGACUGGCGUACAGAAGGGCCCGUGUCCUGUCUUCACGGAGACAUUCAAGUUUUCUAGAGUGGAACAGGAGGCUCUGGGGGAUUACGCUGUUCGCUUCCGCCUGUACAGCAUCAGGCGGAUGAAAAAAGAGAAGGUCCUGGGAGAGAAGGUGUUCUACCUGACUAAGCUGAACCUGCAGGGCAAGAUCGCUCUACCUGUCACCCUGGAGCCCGGCUCCGAACUUACAGGCUGCGGCUCUCUGGUGAGCGUGUCACGCAGUGCAGGAGCUCUGUCCUACCGCUCCACUGAGGACUCGUCCUUGCCGGAGAUCCUGCUGGGUCUCAUCUACAACUCUGCCACAGGCCGGCUGUCUGCUGAGGUCAUCCAGGGAAGCCACUUCAAAACCACAGCGUCCGAUAAGCCCGUCAAUGGUCUGUUUUGUUGUAUAAAACACUUUGUAGGGGGACAGCUUUAUAUCAUGAGAGACACCUAUGUGAAGCUCACCAUGCUGGACUCCAAGGGGAAGGAGAUGUCCAAGUGUAAGACGGCCGUGUGCCGCGGCCAGCCCAACCCCACCUACAAGGAGACGUUCGUGUUCCAGGUUGCGCUCUUCCAGCUGUCCGAGGUGUCCCUGGUGGUGUCGGUGUUCUGCCGCCGGAGCAGCAUGAGGCCCAGGGAGAGGCUGGGCUGGGUCUCCCUGGGCCUCAACAGCACCGGCGAGGACCAGCAGGCCCACUGGACAGAGAUGAAAGAGGCGGAGGGACAGCAGGUCUGCCACUGGCACACACUCUCCGACACAUAGAAGGAAGACUCAGAAAGACUGAAUUUAUAUUAACAGCAUUCCCUGGGCGUUCAGAGUUUUUGGCGCGGGGAGGAAGCACCUUGUGAGAGAGAAGUGUGUGUGUGCGUAUGUGUGUGUGUGUGUGUGUGUAUAUGCGUGUAUGUGUGUAUGUAUGUGUGUGUGUGUGUGUGUGUGUGUGUGUGUGUGUGUGUGUGUGUGUGUGUGUGUGUGUGUGUGUGUGUGUGCUGCAUACAGGUGUGAGGGCAUGGGUUCCCAGUCUUCACUGCCAGAGACUGCAUGAAUACCCUUUAAUCUGCCACUUUUCUCUAGAGGCAGACACACUGACUGACUUUAUCGGUGGAGGUGUAAACUCCAGCUCCAGCCUCUGUACUGACAGAACAAAAUGAUGGCAGACUAAAAACAAUUAAUGACAUUAUUAUGACUGAAAUAACAAAGAACAGAAGGAAACAGCAAAAUGACUACAGCAAAAACCUGCAUGUACACUUACUGUUUACAGGACAAUGUUAAGACACUACCAAACAUUUUCUGUCUCUGAAACUUGGACCAAAGAGCUCGGUCCAGGACUAGCAGACUCCUCCCUGUCUCUUCUGGGCUUCUCUGGACUUCAGCUGCCACCAGCAUACCAGACAUUUCUCUAUCAGUCAUAGCCAUUGACAAAAGAGAAUGCAAUGAAAUGACUGUUACUAAAGGCCUACAACAUGCUGCAACUACGCUUACAAGCUAUGCUUUGUACAGUUUGUUUACAUGCACAUGACAUUAUGCAAGAUCCAUUCAUUGGUUUCCCCUCUUUAUUUAUUUGGAUUAUCAGUCAAAUGGUUUACCAGUUUUUUGAGUUAUGUGUUACAUGAUGUCUUUUAUUUUUUAUUAUCGUGGUCUUGCAUAACUCAGUACACUAUGCAUCUGACGCCACUUUAAACGAGAGGAAUGAAACUCUGACUUGUGCUCGCUGAGUCUCUUACAGAAUUGGACACAGCUCUGCAUGCCACUGGUAUCAAAGAGCAGCUUCCUUUCCUGUGUAAUACAGAUUGAGCCUGUUUCACCAUUCAGCCUUCUGACAACUCAGCCAUGUUCAUUCAUGUAGAAACACGGUGCUUCCCGCUGAGGAGGAAUAUGCAAAAGCUUGUGCAGUCCAAUAAAUCUGGCUGUUUCUCUGAGGCAGCGCCGAUGACAGCCUCAGCUGUGUUCGCUGUGGAGGGAGUUGGAGUGGCACAAAAAAAAAAAAAAAAAUUACAGGAAAAUCAUAUUUUCUCAUUACAAGGAAAUGGACGACGUAUUAUUGAAUAAAAGCUUAAAUAAAUGAAAAUCAUUGUCCAGAACUGUGAGAAAUCUGGUUGUACCUGCGCUGUCUUGAUCUGGCACAGAGCCAACGUUGAACUCCCAUCAGACAAGAAAGAAGCUAUGAGUCAGAAAAUCCCCAGAAGGACUACCGAAGACCACCACACCCAUGACUCGGUAAAAAGCAAACCCCUCCCCUCCCAUCGCUCUGCUGAGUGAAGUUUAGGGGUGUGGGAUGCGUUUUUCUUUCCCCUUGUCCCGGUGAUGUCACAUUCGAACCCCGGUUCUGGGUAAGGGGUGCUGCAACCAACCACACCUCAUCCCUUCGCUUCUCCCGCUGGAGCCAAACUUCUACAGUUUUAUUCCUUAUAAGAUUAUUUCACAAGGCUGAAUGAAAACCAGAUGUCUAGCGUUCCUGCCAGAUAAACAAUUGGCUUUUGAUUGCAGAAAGGGGAAUAUCAGUCACUGGAGUGCUUUUAUCACAAGUGGGGCUUGCAUUUUGUUCUCAGCACAAUUUGUGCAUAACCAGCAUUUACAACCGUUAAAAGAAUAGUUUGACAUUUUGGGAGAUACGCUUAUUAACUGUUCUGCUGAUAGUUAGAUGAGUACAUGGGGAAACAGGGGGAAACAAUGAGCAUGGCUGUAGUCUUGUUGUCACUUUGAGACUCCAGGGAGUUACUGCUACUGGCCAAGAAAUAGUUCCUCACAUAAAUCCCCCUUAAAAUCACAAGGAGUUAUUUUUACACUUUGUUUUAUUUCAUUCAACAAAUGAGAUGUCACAUGUUAAGAAAUGAGCUUUAGAGGUGCUGGUAGGCAGAUUUUAUUAACUUUGGACAGAACCACGCUAUCUCUUCUUAUUUUAAGCUACAUGUUUCAUGGACAGAUGUGAGAGUGGUGCCGGUCUUUCCUUUACGAUACUGUGUACAUUCAAGGGUUAAUUAUCUCUCAUUUUAAUAAAGGCUACAGGGUAGGUCACUCCUCUCAAUAGGUGCCAUUAUAAAGGAAGAUGUUUAUUUUACAUUGCUCUCUGUAUGUAGGUCAAAAAUGUACAAAUAAAUUAUACAUAUACUGUGUAAUCUAUUAUACAUAUUAAAUACAGUAGCUCUGUCCAGAGAUGAUGAAAUCCACCUACCAGCACCUCUAAACCUCACAAGUUAACACACUAUAUCUUGUUUGUUGUGUUUUACACUUUGGUUGUUGUACAGGGAUUAUUAUGUGCCUGACUAUUUCGUAGCCAAGUGUCAAUGCUGGUUGUCAACCAACAUUCCCGUCCACGUCUCCAUGUAAAAUGGCAGAUUUGCAUUUUAACACUUCAGUUUUUUAACGGUGAGAAAAAAAAAAAAAACAGGAUAAAAGGUGUUAAAUUAGUGAGCUUUAGAUUCACCUAUGGGUUUUGAGAGUACUUCUCAAAAACGUAAAGCUACUGUAAGUAUAAUAUUGGAAGCAAAAUAUACAAGUAAAGAUUGUUCACUUUUAGUCCUACUUAAACUUAGGACUUAAUACAAUUUAUUAAACUUCUUUUGACUCUAAAAGUUCUGUUAGUCGUAAGAGCUCCUGAGGUCUCUUAUGACAGAUCUGCAGCACAGAAACAGAGCCUGUUUUCUGUCUGAUAAUAAGAAUAAUAUUCAUAAAGUAACUGAGGCAGUAUGAUUAAGGACAUUUGACAGCGUGUUACACCACGUUUUCAUCUCUUUCCUGUUUUUUUUUGCCAUUUAUGCAAACAAACUAGAAUAAAUCUGGCAUUGAAUUUAUUUGUAAUCACUGUCUAAGUACCUUCAUUUCCUGCACUCAUCAGUCUGGUACUUAAUUCUCCUGAUAUGAUCUCUCUGAUGUACCUCUUCUACCAACAGCAGAACUUUCAUUUACAACAGAUGUCUUAUUGUUUCAUACAUUCCUAUUUUAUACAUGAUAUUGUUGUUCAUUUUUAAUGUUAAUUAUUCUUGACUUCACACAAAUAAAAUGGGCUUUUUAAAAUAU